AGCAAAUGGCGGUCGUGAACACGGCGGACUGUAAACAUUUCAAAUAAUACUAACCAUAAAUAAUUAUUGUAACAUUCUGAUGCUCACUAGAAAAUGUACUCGGGUAUGUCGGAAAUGCAGGAUGGUUACAAGAUGUUUAUUUUCAACUUUCAGGUUGAUUUUCGAGAACGGCUGAAAGGACAUCGAUACCGAAGAAAUCGGUAUCGUCUGGAGAGACCACUCACCUGUCUGCAGCUAGCGUCGCUAUAUAUUUGUGUCUGUGAUGGAGACUCGGGACAAUGGGGAAACAAAGGAUGUGGAUCCCGAAGUAACUGAGCUUCGCCUGAAAGUAGAGUCACUGAGGCAAGAGCUGGACACGUGCAGAGCAGAGCUGGUGAAGUUACAAAAACAACUAACCCAAUCUGAGAGACUGCAGAAAAACACAGAGAGCUACAACGAAGACUUGAGAAAACAGGUUAAUCAGCUGAGUUCAGAGAUUCAUGAGCGGAAGAAGAAAGAGAAAGAGAAAGCUGACAGGGAAACUCAGACAGAAGAAUACAUCUGGACAGAAGCUGAUUAUUACAACUAUUAUGGAAACUAUGGUCAAAACCCUGAGGCCACAGAAUCUCAGGAAAAUGUGUCCACAGCGGGACUGGAUGCAGCAAAUAUCAGUAAAGCUGCAGAAGAUUUGACAUCAAACGGAGGGGCCUCAGAUGAGACUGUUCAACCAGACAGUAACAACACAAGCAAAGCGGAGGAGGGUGAUGGAGGAUCCAUUGCUGACAUCCUGAGGGCCACUGCUGAAGAAGCUAUGACGCAAACUGGUUUUGUCUUUGAUGAGACCAGUGGGAUGUACUAUGAUCACAGCACCGGUUUCUACUAUGAUUCGGCCAGUCAGCUGUACUAUGAUGCCAACACAGGCAUUUAUUACUACUAUGAUGCAGAGAGUGGGCGAUACCAGUUUCAUUCCAGAAUAGAAGUGCCCACUACACAGACUACUGUAGAACCUUGCCAAGACAACAAGGCUGCUGAAAAGAAAGGCAGGACAGGGAAGAAGGGUACAAAGAAAAGCUCCCACCAAGACGAAAAGGUGCAGGAAUUGCCUAAAUUAUUGGCCAAUAUGAAGAUUUCCUCUUAUUGGAAUACUGCUUCCCUAGAGAACUUCAGGUCUGACAGUACCAAGUUGGAAGAAGAAGAAAUUGAGUGGGUUGAAAAGCAAUUACCAAAGAAGAGCAAUAAAUCACGAAAGCAGAGGCAACGGUCUCGCAGUCCAGAUGCGGCUCCUCGACGAAAACACACUUCAAAAUCUCACCAGGACAGCACCAAGUCCUCAUCCAAGAGGAAAAGGCAGAAAAACAAUUCACACUCCCCUGAUAGGGGUAAAUCAAAAGAGAAAUCCAAGUCGGAAAAAUGCAAGAAGAAAAAGAACUGCCGAAAAUAUAGCGAUGACUCAGAGGGGAACAGUGAGCCAGAAGAGGGUGAGAUCACUGAGUCAGAGGGAGAGAAGGAGUCCAUCCUUUCAUCCUCUUCGUCUUCCCCUUCCCCUCCUAAAGACAGUACAGAGUCUGGGAUGGAGACUGAAAGUCCAGAAGUCAAAGACUUUUGGCCGCCCUGUGUAAGAGUGACAGUGGUCAGAUCUCCAGUUCUCCAAGUGGGUACGCUCUUCAUAAUCACAGCGGACUCUCCUGCCACCAUUGGCAGAAAAGAGGAUAUGGACCAUGCAAUUAGGAUACCAGAAAUGGGGGUCAGCAAGUUCCAUGCUAAAGUAUUCUUUGACCUGAGCCAGCAAAGCUAUAUGCUGGUGGACCAGGGCAGCCAGAAUGGAACAGUCAUCAAUGGCAACAGAAUCUUGAGUCCUAAAGCCAAGUGUGAGCCUUUGGCCCUGACGCACGGUGACGAAGUAAAGAUGGGGGAAACAGUACUGUCCUUCCAUAUACACUCCGGGACUGACACUUGCGAUGGCUGUGAGCCUGGUCAGGUGAUGGCUCACCUCAGUAAACACAGGAGAGAGGAGAGGGCAGGCCCUACUCCAGCCAAAGAAGACAAGGAAGCACUCAGACAGAAGGAGCUAAAGCAAAUGAAGGCUAAGUAUGGCCUGCAGAGCAGUGAAUAUGAGGAGGCCAAAGCCCUGAGGAAUCCCAAAUACAAGGACAGAGCGGAGUCACGAAGACAAACGGUGGGCAGCGAGGGUGUUUUCCAACGAGAUGAUGCCCCUUCUUCCGUUCAUGUGGAGAUCAGUGAAGUCAACAAGGGGCGCAAGAUGUUGGAAAAGAUGGGCUGGAAAAAAGGAGAGGGUCUUGGCAAAGAUGGAUCUGGAAUGAAAGACCCAAUUGAGUUGAAAGUCAGGAAAUCCCAGUCUGGUUUGGGAGCUGGCACUACCAUGUCUGUGGAGCAUAAUUCUCUGACACGACUCAAAACUCAGAAGAACUGGGAGAAGGCCCGGGAGAGGUUCGCGGACUCCUGUCAGGCUGACGUACCUCUAAAGACGCACAAGGAUAGGUCGCCCAGAUCCUGGGUUAGAGCAGAGGAGACUGAGGCCAAGGCCACGCUCACGGUGUUUGAUAGCGACAACCAAACGGCUCCCACUAACACCGACUGAAUAGGUUGUAUGUGCAUGAGGUUGAUAAGUGACCAAGUCAUGCAAUAGCUGCAAAUGACACUAAGCAGGGAUUACCAGACAGUUCUUCUUUCGGCUUGGUCCCUGUUUCUCAGGGGUCGCCACAGCACCAAUGGCGGUCAUUGUUAACCCAGGCCUCGACCGAUCUGGUAUGGUCUUGUCAAUCCGCAUGAUUUGGUAAAAUUUUAUGUCGGAUGCCCUUCCUGACACAACCACUAACCCUAUGGAUGGGGGCACAGGUAAAGCACUGGAUGCCACCCCAGUAUUCACGUCCAUGCCUGUCGCUAAAGUAAGCGGUGAUUACCAGACAGUUACUGUCCAAUAUUUUUUUUUUUGCUAUGUCAGCUUAUUGCAGUUUUACCUAGCAUUUCUGACUCAGUCUCCAGCAACCAAUUUUCCAGAUAUAUGUAAUAAAACUGAUGAUCUGUUGGCACAGUUAAGUUUGUUUUGAUUUGUGUUUUUAGUACAGAUGCUGAGAUGUUAAUAAGAUUGUCUGACAGUCCAGUCACAAAAGUCCUUUUUAGACAACACUUGAACAAGUGGUAAAGCGUGAUAAACACUUGACUGUUGUUUGCUGUCUGGCUAGAAGCCUUGUUGUCCAGUGCACUGCUGAAUAAACUGGAGUU